AAUUCCAGGCUAAAUCAGAAACUUUUAAGAAGAUGAGGGCAUCUGAAAAGGGCGGUUGUGUCAAUACAGUUGGAAGUAUUAGCACCGCGGAGCAUGCCCGACGAUUGGCUAAGGAGUUGGGGAGAAGACCAUUGAUGCCUGAGCUGAUUUCGAGGACCCGGACAAGGAGAUCGGGAGGUUUUGACGACGAGCGCACGAGGAUGUAUCUUGAAGAAUAUGAUAGAUUGCUUGCCAUUUUUCUGGAAAAUAAUCCUCAAUACAUGCCAGCAGAGGGGGAGCCGCUUAACGCGGAUGUUGAUCACUAUAUUUGGUGUGAGGUUAUUGAAGAAAAAGGGCCUAAUGGUUGCUUUUUUGGGGCUGGAAAUGUGGCGUCCAGCUAUAGAGCUGGUGAUCGCAAUCUGUUUCAAAGAAUUCAGGAUGGAGAGGGAAUGCCGUUCAAGCUCGACGGAGAAGACAACGGAACACCACUGUUCCGACGGCGUUCUAGUGGAAGGAGAGAAUACGCGACCACGCGGCAAGCAUCUGUUGGAUGGUCCACAAGCUUUUUCUCUCUCUGGAUACGUGGCACCAUCAGAAUGGCCGGUCAACUUGGCCAGGGUUUCUCUCAGCAUACUAUUGGUUCAUUGGAACGAGCUGGGGCCCACGUUUGA